GGCGGCACAUCGGCGUUGAGGAGGAUGGAGGCGCCCCUGGUAAGCCUGGAGGAGGAGUUCGAGGAGGGGCCCGGGGACGAUGGGGGGACCCCCUUACGUACUGCAGACCCGGCGCUGGCCGAGCUGGAGAGCUUCUCGGCCGAGAUGAUGAGCUUCAAGUCGAUGGAGGACCUGGUGCAGGAGUUCGACGAGAAGCUCACCGUCUGCUUCCGCAACUACGACGCUGCCACUGAAGGUCUGGCCCCCGUGCGGGGGCAUCUCCAGGCGCAGGAGGAGGAGGAGCGCCUCCAGGAUGAGGAGGUCUGGGAUGCUCUCACCGAUGGCUUCGCCCCACGGGGCUCCCCCCGGCCCUGGCUGCUCCCCGGCCCCCCCUCCUUGGCUCCCCAAACCCUCCCCUGUCCCCGCAUGACCCUCCCGGCAACGCUUGACGGCUGUCAAUCGCCCCCAAGGCUCAGCGACCAUCAGGGCACUGCAGACUACCCAAAAAUGCUCUGCGAGAAGGAGGAGGAGGAGGAGGAGCUCACUGAGAGGAGUGAGCAAGACUCGGGCAUCAACGAGGAGCCACUGUUGACAGCUGAGCAGGUCAUCGAGGAGCUGGAGGAGCUGAUGCAGAGUUCGCCUGACCCCGAGGCCGACCCUGAGGGUGAUGAGGAUGAGGAAGAGGAGGAGGAGGAAACUGAGGCCGACGCUGAAGGCGACGGCAGUGGCGGGGGCACGGAGCCCAUCCUUCUGCAGGAGCUGCGUGCUUUCUCCCCUGCCUUCAACAACAACUGCUCCCAUGAAGGUAUGGCCACCAAAACCCAGCGCUUCAGCAUGGAGGGCAUCUCCAGCAUCCUUCACUCCGGCCUACGCCAGACCUUCGGUCCCGCUGCCAAUGAGAAGCAGUACCUGAACACGGUGAUUCCCUAUGAGAAGAAAGGGUCGCCACCCUCCGUCGAGGACCUGCAGAUGCUCACCAACAUCCUGUUUGCCAUGAAGGAGGGGAACGAGAAGGUGCCCACACUGCUCACGGACUACAUCCUCAAAGAAAUCCAUGUGACGGACGCGGUGGCCCACGGUGAAAACCCGCUGUCGCCCCACAGCAUCCGAGCAUCGUCUGGGGAAAACAGCUUCCCCUAA